AUGAGCAUCGUUGACUUGUGGAAACUGGCAUCCGAUGUCGUUACGCCCUCGGACCUGUUCACUAGCCUCUUCUCCGUCUUCGAUAAAGCCGGUUAUAGGGUCAGCAGCGGGCCAGACACGGGGCAAUACCAGUAUCUGUCUUACAUCCGCAAGAUUAACGGCUCCGGUAUGGCGCUCGCAGGCGUCGAAGACACUGCCGUCUUUAGCAUCGUCGUCGCUAACCGGUUAGGCCCGUUGGAUAACGUUACACCGAUAACCUUGUGCGCUUAUCUAGUAUCUAUCGAGGGCGUCGAGGCCAUAGACGCCUUUGAGCAACUGGGCCGCACUCUGAACGUGCUACGAGCCCCAGAGGCCAUUGUCGCCCCUUUGCUGACGUCGGGCGACAAGAUGAAGCAGCUCGUUGCCCGCCGCCUCGACGAUGGCUACAUAAUCGUCGGUCGCACUAUGGCCCUGGGCGACGAAGCCUUUACCGCCGCGCUGGGCCGCCUGAGGAGCGCCAUACACCGGCCCGCCUCCGACUCGGCCAAGCUGCAGACACUUAUGGACAUUGAUGAUAUGGCCUUUCGCACCAGGGGAGAGCUGCUCGGCGACCUCAGCGGCAUAGUCCCUGCCUACGGCUUCUACCUACGCUCCGAUCUCGUCACCAUAUUUCCGGACCUACGAGUCGAGGUUUUGGCCGAUGACUCCGCCCUUCGUAGCGCCGGUGAGGAUCCUCCGGCCGGUGCUCCGUUGCUGCGCCACGACAUUGUGACCGACGGCGUCAUGAUGGCCUUUAUGGAUCGUGUGCCUGGGUCUUCCCAAUUUGCUAGUCUCGUCUUGACACAGCCGUCUCACCAACAGCGUUUUGCCGUCGCUCGGGGACUCGACACCACGGAGGUCAAGGUCGACAUCCGGCGGCACUAUACAGUCGACCAGACAACCCGGGAGAAGGACAAGGACAGGCACGACGCCCUCGAGCAAGUCAUUUACCAUCCCAAGGGCGACGGAUCGUCGGACAACAUCUUCAUAUGGGACUCCCAGCCCGGCGAGGGACUCAACGACCUACGCAUGCUGCGGCUGCCUCGCUUUGCCGACGUCCAGCUCAAGGUGUUGCAAGACAAAAUGGGAAGCUAUGAUGACGGCGUGCCGUACUUUGACGGCGAUGCUACCACGUCGGCACUAUGUGGCAUGCAGCUCAACGAUCCCAUAUAUAACCUCACCAUCGAUCUCCAGGCCCAUGCACCAACCUCGAGCAGCCUCACUAGCCUGGGGCGACCUGGUGGUGGUCUCGUGUCAAGAGACAUCGCCGCUGCUGAACGUGAGGGCGAUGGUCGCACUCCUUCCGCCCCAGCCCAAGGCAAGACGGACGACGAGGAUGUUGAGAAGGCAACAUUCCAGCGUCAUGAAAACUACAGUCCAACCCAGACAGCCAUUUCAAGCCAUCUUACUCCUCACGUGCGCGCACUUCCAGCCUGCACCGAAGCCGCCCUCGACACUCCCGAAGUUAUCGUUUCCAGAGGCACGACAAGCGCAAGCGUCCAGGACGAUUCCGACCUCCAGCCUCAGGGGUCGGAGCCGGCCUCGUCUCCCAGGUACCUCGUGCGUGUUGGCAGCAACGAAAUCGGCAGUGGGGACCAUAUCACGCUGAAAAUAUCAAAUAUAGCCCAGGACCUCAUCUUCUCGGUCGUCUUGAGGCAGAGCGAGGUCAAUCAGUACUUGCUGAUGGAGGUAGCCAUACAGAUCGAGCUGGGUAACAGCGCCUACGGCCCACGCCCCUUUCUGAUGCGAAACUACGCGGGCCCCGAAACGCACAUGCUGAUCAACCUGCGCUUCAACGUCCUGCCUACAAAUGUUGUCGACGGCAACGGCCGGAACCUGCUCCGCCUGCGGUUUCUUCCACGUGCCGCAAAGGGCUGGGUCAACGUGACCGCAGUCCGGGAGUUGAGCUUCCUGCUUGGACUGGCAAGCAUCAACGAGCCCAGUAAGCGCGAUCAAGAGUUUCGAGUCCAGUCAUGGGCGGACCAUUGCCGGAAUCCCGACCAGCCCAUGGGGACGGUAAACACUCGCAGAAUCACUUAA